CAAGCCCCGCCUCCGCCGCUGCCACCGCCUCCCUUACCAAGAUGGCGGGCCACGGGGCCGUACUUCCGCUUCCGGCGCGAGCAGCGGAGCUGGGGGGGGAAAAUGGCGGCGGUGGUGGCAGCGGCGGUGGCGGCAGGGGUCCGCGGCCGCUCUGGGCUGCGGCCUGCCCCGGGGCCCCACUGGCUCCUCGGCCUCUCCGUCUUCCUGGGCAUCGCGGCUCGCGGCGCCUCGGCCACCACCCACUGGAUCGUGACGGAGGACGGCAAGAUCCAGCAGCAGGUGGAUUCCCCAAUGAACUUGAAGCAUCCUCAUGACUUGGUCAUAUUGAUGAGACAAGAAACAACAGUUAACUACCUCAGAGAACUGGAGAAGCAACUAGUAGCUCAAAAAAUCCACAUAGAAGAGAAUGAGGACAGAGAUACAGGCCUGGAGCAAAGGCAUAACAAGGAAGAUCCAGACUGCAUCAAAGCCAAGGUACCCCUUGGGGACCUGGACCUGUAUGAUGGUACUUAUAUCACGUUGGAAAGCAAAGAUGUCAGCCCUGAAGACUAUAUAGAUACAGAGUCUCCUGUUCCUCCAGAUCUUAAGAAACCAGAUUGUACAAAAAUUCUAGAGCUUCCAUAUAGCAUACAUGCUUUUCAGCACCUACGGGGUGUACAAGAAAGAGUUAAUCUUUCUGCACCUCUAUUACCUAAAGAGGAUCCAAUCUUCACAUACUUAUCCAGACGAUUAGGAAGGAGUAUAGAAGACAUCGGUCACCGCAUCCAUGAAGGGCUAAUGAAGAACUCUUCUUCCUGGGUACUCUAUAACUUGGCCUCAUUUUACUGGCGAAUAAAGAAUGUACCCUAUCAGGUAGUGGAAUGUGCUAUGCGAGCACUCCACUUUUCUUCCAGGCACAAUAAAGAUGUUGCUUUGGUGAACCUGGCCAAUGUGUUGCACAGGGCCCACUUCUCUGCGGAUGCUGCCAUCGUGGUCCAUGCUGCUCUGGACGAGAGUGACUUCUUUACCAGCUAUUACACUUUGGGGAAUAUCUAUGCAAUGCUUGGGGAGUACAACCAUUCCGUGCUUUGCUAUGAUCAUGCUCUGCAGGCCAAACCUGGGUUUGAACAAGCUAUAAAGAGGAAGCAUGCUGUCCUGUGUCAGCAGAAACUUGAGCAGAAAUUGGAAGCUCAACAUAGAUCUCUCCAGCGCACCUUGAAUGAACUCAAAGAAUAUCAGAAGCAACACGACCAUUACCUGAGGCAGCAAGAAAUCCUAGAGAAGCACAAGCUGAUUCAGGAAGAACAAAUCUUAAGGAACAUCAUCCAUGAGACUCAGAUAGCAAAAGAGGCCCAGCUAGGGAAUCAUCAGAUAUGUCGUCUGGGCAACCAGCAACAUAGCUUACAUUGCCAGUGGGACCAACCUGUACGCUACCAUCGAGGAGAUAUCUUUGAAAAUGUAGACUAUGUUCAGUUUGGUGAAGAUUCAUCAACUUCCAGCAUGAUGUCUGUGAAUUUAGAUGUUCAUGAAAAUCAGAGUGAUCUCAGCCAUUCCUCGAAGUCUUCCCCUGUUCCCCAUUCUGUUCUCUGGGUCUGGGGCAUGGAAUCAGAUGCAUACAGGGACAAGCAGCAUAUUCUGUGGCCCAAAAGAACAGACUGUGCAGAAAGUUAUCCUUCAGUCCCUCCUGGUGAUGAACUGCCAACAUAUUUCUUACCUCCAGAAAACCGAGGACUCAGGACUCGGGCAGAGAUGGAUCUAGGCCUUUUGGGAGGAGAGGCCCAUUCCCCAGACUGCUCCUCAGCAAUUGGCAUCCGAAGCACCCGAACGCCCUAUCUUGAAUUCAAAGAACUAGACAGUCAUCUGGACCUGAAAUUCAAGAUGCCGGAUGACUAUGCACGACAAAUUUUGCUUUCCCGUAUUAAUAACUAUACUAUCACAGAGGACGAAAUAGGAACACUCUUAUUUCACGCUAUCAAUAAGCCAAAUGAGCCUUUGUGGUUCAUGUUCAAUGAGGCUGGACUCUACUGGCGAGCCUUGGGGAACAGCACUUUUGCCAUCGCCUGCUUACAGAGAGCUUUGGAUUUGGCUCCCCCUCAGUACCAAGAUAUUCCUCUUGUGAACUUAGCCAACCUUCUGAUGCACUAUGGCCUUCACCACGAAGCUAGCAAGCUGCUCCUCCAGGCUUUGGCAAUCAAUAGCUCUGAGCCUCUGACCUUUCUGAGCCUAGGAAAUGCCUAUCUUGCAUUGAAGAACAUCAGUGGGGCAAUUCAGGCCUUUCGGCAGGCUCUGAAUGUGACGACCAGGUGCCUGGAGUGUGAAGGCAGCCUGAAACUGGUCCGCUGCAUGCAGUUUUACCCGUUUCUGUAUGCCGCCCCCUCCUCCGCGUGCAGUGGUCAUUGUCAUGAGAGUAACCAGGACAGCCUCCAUGGCAGAGAAAAGUAUUUUGACAAGCCUGAGGAGGCCCUGGGCGCUACUGAAGAUGAGCCUUCUGGGAAAGGAAGAGAGGAGCACCCCAGGAUCUCCAUUGAGAAUUCAGGGAGAGACUCAGAUCCCCUUAGACUUCAAAGUACGGUGGUUGCAGAAAGCAAUGGCUCUGAUGGGCUGGAGAGUCUGAGUGACACCCAGAUGUCCGAAGAGAUGUUGGCUCUGGUGGAUGAAUUUGAGAACGCCUGGCCUCUCGAAGCCUUUGAAGGCGCGCUCGAGGUCAAAGGGCGGCGAAUGGACUUGCAGGGGAUCCGGGUCCUGAAGAAAGGCCUUCAGGAUGGAGUGGCCAGCUCUUCCUGCUUUGGCGACUGUGGAGAUGACGACGAUGAUGAGACAGAAUGGAUCACAUUCCAGGUGAAACGUUUAAAGAAACCCAAGGUAGAAAGCUCGGACUCUCAGGAACCACCUGGGAAAAACAACGAGGAGCAGAUUCAGGCAGAAAAUGAACACCGCUUUCAAAAGACUCUGGAAAUUAGUGGCCCCAAGAUACCAGCCCCUGGACCAGCAGGAAAAAAGCCCGAUUACGAAAGCCUGGGCUGGCCCAGCCCCGACGAGUGCGUGAAGCUCCGGCGGGUGGAACUCACCACGGUGGCGAGCACCUGGCUCGCCGUCUCCGCCAAAAACAUCGACAUCACCGAGCACAUAGACUUUGCUACGCAGCUUCAGGAGCCAGCGAUGGAGCCCCUCUGUAACAGCAACCUCCCUGCCAGCAUGCACACCUUGGACCACCUGCAUGGAGUGGCCAACCGUGCCAGCCUGCACUACACGGGCGAGAGCCAGCUGAAAGAGGUGCUACAGAAUCUUGGCAAAGACAAGUACCCCCAGCAGUCAUUUGAACAGAUUGGCACCCGGAUCGCCAAAGUUUUGGAAAAGAACCAGACCUCCUGGGUCCUCUCCAGCAUGGCAGCCCUGUACUGGCGAGUAAAAGGACAAGGGAAGAAGGCCAUCGACUGUCUGAGGCAGGCCCUCCAUUAUGCCCCGCAUCAUAUGAAAGACGUGCCCCUGAUCAGCUUGGCCAACAUUUUGCACAACGCCAGGCUCUGGCAGGACGCCAUCGUGGUGGCCACCAUGGCCGUAGAGAUUGCCCCCCAUUUCGUGGUGAACCAUUUCACGCUGGCCAAUGUCUACGUGGCGAUGGAGGAGUUCGAAAAGGCCAUGAUGUGGUACGAAUCAACACUAAAACUGCAGCCCGAAUUUGCACCCGCCAAGAAUCGAAUCCGGACCAUCCAGUGUCAUUUACUGAUGAAAAAAGAGCGCCGUUCUCCCUGAUCCUCCCGCUCGCCUCCCUCCCUCUGCCUCCCUCCCUCACGCUCUUCCCUUUUAAAGAAAGAAACCGAUCCUUGUCCAGUACCUUCUCGUAAUCAAGUGUGUGAUGAUAAGUGGGGGGACCAAGACAGGAGGUUCGGUUCGGGUCUUCGGGUUCCUUUUCCCACGCCCUCCCCUCACCCCCCGCCUUCCUCUCCGGAAAGAAGCCUCUUUGGAAAUGGUUGUUCCAAACGGGAAAUGGAGCUUCAGAAAACUGUGUAAAUAACGCGCUGGAACCCCCCCAGACGCCGCCUCCCCGACCACCCUCCGGGCUUUCUCAGCGUCUGACCAGCCCCCGCCGGGGGGGGGGGGGGGGGACAGUCCCGAUAAUUACCUGCUUCCUAAUGUCGUAGCAUCUGUCGGUGGAAACGCAGACACCCAUCCCCACACCAGACAGCAAGAAGCCACGUCCAGCCGCCCAUCCAUCGGAAAUCCAUGCUUUUACCCAGUCUUGUCCGAUUCAUGCUGCCGUGUUACACGCCCAGAGGUAGUUUGCGGGGGGUGGGCCGGGGCGGGCGGGGGGGGAGUGAUUUAAAAAUCAAAAUCUUUGAAAAGAAAAAAAAACCACCUUAGGAACAUCCGACCUUUUGUAACGUUAUUUAUGUUGGGGGGUGGGCUGGGAGGGAGGGACCGAGGCAAGGAAAAUCAGCGAUGUGCACCAUCUAAGCCAUUUGUAUUCUGAUCGCGAGACCCACGGGAGCCCGUGCGCGGAGGCUUUCUACACGUAUGUGUGCGUGUGCGCGUUGAAAAUACAUGCACACGUGUGUGCGUGUGCCGCCUGUACACACAUGUAGAGUCUGACACGUAUGUGUGUGUAGAUGCGCACACUCGACGACCUCCGCAGACCCACGGGUCUCUGUUUUACUGAUUAUUUUGUUCACUGUAUUACCCAUCUCAGAAACAAGGUACAAGCGUAACCUCCCUCUCUCUGAGACCUUCCACUUCAGGCUGCUCCGCGCGAGCUGGCUAGAACUGUGCGAGUCUAAAUCGAGCUUUUCCCUUUGGUCCGGAGAAGAGCAGAGCCUCCAGACCGUGAGAGAUCUGCAAGGGCACAUACUGAGAACAAAAAUAAAGGCUGUUUAUGAGCAAAA